UAUUAACAUUGUUUUCAGCUUUAGGAAAAAUGCAAUUCAAUCAUUUUAUACAACCACAGAAAUAUGAAUAUGAAUCGGCGAUACGACAUUCACCAGCGUGGUCGGCCUAAAUUCCAAUGGUUCGGCACCUAUGGCUUUGCCAGAGGAGGAUUAAAAAGCCGGUGAAGUGGGGCAAGCAACGAAUGAAGGCGAAACGCGCUACACUGAACGCGAAACACUGAAUGUAGUGCGGAGAGGAAGCAAAGAGAGUUAGAAGAAGAAGAGAAGGAGGAGGAAAAAGAAGGGAUGAAGUCGGUGCAAGCAUCGAUGGAGCUAUGGAGCCUCUCGUUCUUUAGCGAGGCGUUAGUAAAGCGCCGGUAACGUUUGCUUCGGCUCUGUUCAAUCAGUCUGUUUUGUUCAUCUCGUUGCGUUUCUUUUAUAAUACACGGGAUUUUACUGUACGACGAACGCGCGCUAUAUCGCGUAGCGUAGUUUAACUUUGAUCUGCGAAAGCGAAGUGUUUCACAGGCUAAUUACGUCCACUCGCUGUAUCGUCCCGCAUCGAGCCAAUUGCACGAGCGCGAAUAAUCGAGAUCAAUUAAGCGCACGCGAUGACUUCCGCGUAUGAGGCGACGACGGAACGCGGACAGCAGAAGACGAUGACUCUGCGCGACUCCGCGAAAGCUCACUUCGACGGUCGAGAGCUAGACAACCCGGACAAUUUUGUCGUUGAUAUGGAGGAGACCUCAUCGUCACGACGAGCCAGUCUCACAACAGGUAAUUCCUCUUUCGAGGAAUUCGCAGUGAAAGUUAGUGUUUUGCCCGAUGAAUCAUUUCAAGAUGAUUUGAGCGCGCUCGACGAAGAUGCACGAAGGAUGACGGAAAAUGCGUGCAAGAAAGAGGGUAAAAAUGAAAAAAGUAUUGAUACUUCGCGAAUGAAUAAAGCCAGGAACGAAUUGAUCUUCAAAGAUAAUGAGGAACAUGAGGAGGAGAAUUCGGUUUUGAAUUUAUCAGCGAAUAAUAGCACCGCGACGGAAAACGCAUCCACGUGUCAUGCGAAAGAGGACGGACAGAACGACGAAGUCGAGAACCAAGAGAAAUUCAAGGAUCAGAAACAAAGAAAUCGGAGCAUGCUGGAGAUUGGAGUACAAGAACGACAUAUGACAUACGACAGCAAUGCUUGUAUCGGAGAUAAGUCCCGAGAUUUUACGGCGGGAGAUAUACGAGCUUGUUACGAGAAAGUGGCGGAACUUCGUCUGGACACGAAGGCCGAGAUGCAGGAUGAGAGGACUGAAAGGGAGAUUAUUAUCGGUCGCCAGGACAGCGAUUCGUUCUACGAUGCCGUGCGAUCGGGAGACGUUAAGCGCGUCUCAGCGUUGAUCGCCAGCGGCUGCGUGCAAAACCUGGAUGAACCGGAUUGGAACGUGUCAGGUGAUCCACCCCUAUUGAUGGCGGCAACGAAUCAUUGUUUGCCUGUGCUCAGAAUGCUGUUGACGAACGGAUGCGAUCCAGCUGUGCGUUCGCCGCGUGGUGAAACGGCACUUCAUAGAGUGAUCCUGAACGGCGGGCCGGGCAAUGUGUUGAAAUUCGUGGAGGAUCUCUUGAGGCAUGGCUGUCCGCCAGGCGUCAAAGAGGCCGGCGGUGGGUCGACAGCGUUGCACAUGCUCUCCCGUCAGCUGGCACACGCACCGCUGAAGUCCCACCAUCACGAUUUCGACGCCGCCUUGAAGACAUUGGAAUUGCUGGCAAAAGCUGGACCCAUCAACGCCAAGGAUCACCAAGGCCGAAGCGUCCUGCAUAUCUUAGCAUCUUCGACCGUCUUCGAUAACAAUUGCAAGACCGACAUCGAGUCGGUGAUCGGAACACUCCUGACCGCCGGGGCGGACACCGCGUUGAAGAAUGAUCGCGGCGAGACGGCGUUGCACGAGAGUCUGGAGUGCGGCACGUUGAACACGGCGACGUUGUUGAUGCCGCGCACGCCGACGGACAUUGUAUCGCGAUAUGGUGAAACCCCGCUGCAUAUAGCUGCGCGAAAGAACCACAUCGACGUGGUGAUGUGGCUGCUGGAGCACGGUGAAGAUCCCGGGACGCAAGACGCCGGCGGUAACACGCCGUUGCAUCUCGCAUCGGCGAGGGGAUUUCAUCAGACGGUGUCGCUGUUAGUCACCUCGCCCUUGGCUCAAUUGGAGAGGGUCAACGUCGACGGUCUGACGGCGCUGCAGAUUGCCGCCGAGAGCGGAUUUGUCAACGCCGUUAAGGUGUUGCUCAAGGCCGGCGCCGAUCCCAGUCAAACCAUGCGCUAUUGCGCGACGAUCCUGCGCCGUCAUCCCGACAUCUCAGUUCUUAUAGACUAUGAAUUGACCAGACGUCGACAGCUUGCCGCUUGAUCGCGCGCCGCCACCUUAUGAUUCUCACCUCUGCUGGUAUUCAGUAAUUGCUUCAAAUUACUAAAUAGAGAUUACUAUGUAUAAAAUUGUAAUUGUCACACACUUGUUAUUGCUCAAUAUUGCGAUACGUAUCGCGGAUUUGAAAUUAUACGUGCAAUCGUAAGCAUAAUAUAAAAUCCCGUUGCCAUAUAAAUUCCAGUUGUGGAUUAAAGUGCAACUUAAUUUUGAAAAGACUGCGACACGAGAGAGAUUUACUAUUUAAAAUAUAUAAAACAUCGGAAUAUUAUGUGCACAGAUAUAUAUUUUCAUAUCGUUGUUGUCAUCUUAAUUUCGAGACAUCAUAUUAUUAUUACAUUUAACAUUUCAAUUACGUUUACUUGUUGUCACUGUCGAAUUAUUUGAAGAGGGAUUAAUAAAAUGACAUAGUUUUUUUUAUAACAUUAGUGUAUAUUUUAUAAAUCCAUACAAUCUGUAAAAUAAAGCGCGGAAAUGAAUAAAUCGGGAGCAUGUCUAUAUAUACAGCUAUAUAAGUGUAAACAGAUUUUAUAUAAACCAUUUUCCUCAAAGUAUCACAUGAUGUCUGGAAGGCUGUGUUAGAGUUAUAACAUAAAUAUUAUAUAAUAAUCUCUCUCUCGUACACAAUGUACAUAUAAUGUAUAAUUUACUAUACUUUGCUACAUUAAAACGUCAAGAAGACACUGUAUAAAAAUAAAUACGUCUUCCCUCUAUUUCAUACAGGCUUUUUCCUAUUACAUGCACAUAGGAUAGAAUAGAAACGAAUUUACAAAUCCUUUUUCGACGCACAUCUAUUACAAAAUAUAUUUUACAGCUGACAUUUUAAUUUACGUACAUUUUGCACUGUCGAUCUUAGAUCUUCUUGUGUAUUGCACAAAAAAGAAGAAAAAGUUCAUGAAAACAAUAUUUGCCAAUCGAUCGUAUAAAAUAUUAUAUUAAUUCGCGAAAUAUAUAUAUAUACAUAUUUAACAAAUCAAUAUUAAAAACAUAUUUCAAUAAAUGCAUUCGUUACGAAUGUGUGCAUUUUAAAGAAAAUCGGAAAAUGUGUGCUAGCAUACGUAAUACUGUCGCACGACGAAUUCUGAGACACGUUGCCAACUUUUCGUGGCUGCUACUGAUAAAAAGCUCUUUCUAAUGAUAUCAUUACAUGUAAUUAUGGUACGCGCAUUUAGUGUAGCAUAAACAAUUCAUACAUCUAUACACACACAAACACACAUUCUUCGAUAAAAAUUCAAUUCGAUGUAUUUGUCUAUAAUACAGCUGUUAUAUUGCAUAUUCACGAUUGACACUAUCAUUGUUAUCGGCUAUGUCUAUUUUGAGAACCUUCGCAUGUAGCACAAGAAAGCAUAUAUAUAUAUAUAUAUAAAGGCUUUCUUGUGCUAUAUGCGAGUGUUUUUAAAAUAUAUAUAUAAACAAACCUGAAGAAACAUAUAUAUAAACAAGUCUGAAUAUAUAUGUUACAGCUUCAAACUUUGAACAUCAUUAUAAAAGAGAUUUAUGCUUUUUUUUGGCACAUUCUACUUGUAUAUUUACAUAACAAUCCACAACGGGAUUGUAUUUACAUAACAAUCCCAUAAAAAUGCUCAACACGCACGUUUAUCUUUUCGAUAACACUUUCUUUCAUUUUACAGCAGUUUUUUAAAUUAUAGUUCUUAAAUUUUCAAAAAUCUUUAACUUUAUUAAGUCACCAAUUAUAAUGCAUAAUAAUAAUCUGGUACAAGAAAAACGUAUGAAUUGCGUUAUCAAAACUCAUGUAUGGCUCCACAAAUAUGGCUCUAAGAAUAUUAUUGUAACAAUAGAGCUCGAUUACAUAUUCUAUGUCAUCUAAGAUAUCUUAAACCAUACAUUCUUAAAGACAGAUUCUUUGGAUAAAUAAUUGUACAUUUUUUUAAUGUAAAUGUACACAUCUCUCUCUCUAUGAUAUUUUAAUGUAUUUGAGCACUGAUGAUAAUUUUGUUAGAAUUAUAGGCCAUGCUAAAAAUGUUGCGGUAUACAUUUAUAAAAACUAAAAUACAUGAAUUAAUGCAUAUUUAAUAAUUUAGAAAAAGAAUAUUUUUUUUACAGCUGAGGCCUUUGUAUUAGGUUUGUUGUGUUUGUAAUACACUACAUAGAGAACAAAAAUCUUAUCUAUGCCAAGCACAUUGCACAAUGUUACUUAUCAUAUGUUUCCUAUAUUAACAUUAAUUGUUCUAACUUUCUCUUCAAUGUGCACGCAUAUAUUAUACAAAUUAUAUUACAUAUAAUUUUCUGGCGACACUACACUACAAUAUUUGUUAGAGAUGAGCAUUAUCUAUACGGGUAUUUCAUCAUGCAAUAUUUAAAUAUUUCAUUUGUAUAUUCUAAAAAUUAGUUAGAAUCCGAAAAUAUCUCCUAAUGAAGAUGUCGUCGUCACAAUAUUUUCGAAAUUACAAAAAUAUUGAUAAAAAUUAGGAUAUCUGUCAAAUUUGAAAUUUUGUAAUCUUAAUAUUUUGCCCAUCUUUGAUAUUUAUUAUAAACUGAUUUUAUAUAGGCCUGAAUUCUUUUUGCUCUCUACUAAAAUGGAGACUUUCAUGUAAUAAUAUAUUUAAUAUAUAUAUUACUUUGAUACACAUGUAUAUCCAACAGAAAUUUUUUAUAUCCUCUAUCAACGAUAUUUUUAAAAUGUCUCUAUAGAAGGCCAAUUUAUUUAUUUUCUGUAUAAAAUUAUUGAACAUUAAAGCCAGAGAGAUCUCAUAUUAACUUAUUCACUACCAAUUUUUAAUCGAUUUAUAAAUUUAUGUAGAACCUGCAAAAAAUUUUAUUUAUCGCGGAAAAUCAUAAAACAGAUCGUUCAACAUUAUUGCUCAAAACCGCUCGUUUAUUCUUCGUUGCAUUAAAAAAUAUUUGAAAUUGUACAUUAAUGAAAGAUGUACUUUUUCUACAGUUGUUUUUAAAGUAUUCUUUUUCUGAAUUUAUUAAUCUUCCUCUUUACGUAUCAUUUAAUUCAGUUUUUUAUCAAUUAAUUUAGUUAAAAGUAUUCAUUCGUAUUUUUUGAAAGUAUUCGCGGCAUUGAAAAAUGUUAAUUAUACAUACACGCACGCACACACAUAAAUAAUAUUAAUGCAAUAGAAAAUAAAUCAGAUAUCCAGGAUAAUGUUACCAUAUUUUUCAAAAUUAUGCAUUGUGAAUAUUAUCACAUUUAAUUAUUUGAUAUAUAUUGGUUUUUUUAUAUCAAUCAAUUAUUUUUUAAACGAUAAACUGCGAAAGUACUACAUUUUGUUUGUUAAGUAUUUAUAUAUGGCAGUGAAUACGUUAAUAUUAUCAAACAAUGCGUAUUUUUCAAGUUUUUAUUUUUACAUGUGAUAUCAUUGUCUUUGAUCCAAGAGUUCGGAAAUGUACUGAUUCUGUUCUACAAUUAUUAAGAGAAUCUUAUUAAUAAAUAUCUAAAAAAAUUGUGUUUUUUUCGAUAUCAUUAUCAUUUAUGUCUUUUCUCUGCGACAUAGGCAUUUUUUAAUAAUUUUUUGAUAAAUUAUAAUAAAAUAAAUAACGGGAAACUUUGUAUAAUAAAAGAAUAUUAAAUUUAAAUGCAUAACAAAUUGUAUCAUAAUAAAGAGAACAAAUAUUGAAGACACUGAUUUUAAAUGUCGAGUGUAAAGAGACGAACGCAAAUUAAAUAAAUCCCAGGAGAAAUAAUCUACAUAUGAUUGCACGCAUGGCGAUCAAUAAACGGGAAAAUCCGUAGCCGAAUGGAUCAUAUAUAUAUAUCACGAUAAAUAAAAGUAGAAGAAUCCUACCCAUAAUGCGAGAGAGAAUAUACAUAAUAAAUUAGUUAUUCUUUUCCAUAUAAAUAGAGAAUAGCAAAAAGAAAAUAGGCACAUAUCUAUAUAUUUGCAUAAAAUUAAUUAUAUAUGCAUCUACGUAAAAUUUGACAUUAUUCCUUUUUCGAUUAUUUCAGGAUUUUGUUGCUCUUACGGCAAACAAUUUUUUAUUGUCGCUGACUUAAAGAAAUUCUUUUACAUAAAAAGAUAUAUGCGAUAUAGGGGCAAUCUAACGCAACACAUUUUAAAAGAAAUAAAUAGGAAUAAUAUCCCAUUUAAUAAAAUGUUUUUUCGUAAAAUAAAAUUUGUUAUUUCUAUAAUUUAAUUCAAUCGACACGAUUGAAUUAUCGGAAAUAGUGGUUCACAGACUAAAUUUUUUCUAACGAGAGAGAGAGAGAGAGAGAGAGAGAGAGAGAGAGAGAGAGAAAGAGAGAACUGGAAUGCAAUUUAUUUAUUUAAAAAAAUAAAAGUCUAUGUUUUUUGCAAUUAUUUCUACGUAUCUUUUAACACACGCGAUUGUAUUUCUAUGUGUGCGUGUGUGUGUCAAAAAAUAUUUUAUGACUGAUAAACAGACUUAUACUUGAUUCGAUUAUAUCUGUUUCCUAUACAUACAUUUUUGGUUUAACAUAAAACAUGUAAAUA